UCCGCAGCGUCAGCGGUGGUGUUGGGGGGAGCAAGGCAAUCCGUGCGUCGAAAACGUCAGUGAAGCAGCAUGGCGGAGAUGUGGUUGGAGUGUCUGUGCUCUGAGUGUGUGGGGAAAAAACACUCUCAGCCGAUUUAACAAGAAAGAUCAGUGUCUAUUGCAUUUUUUUUGUCAAAUAAGUGUCUAUCUAAGAUGGAGAGCCACAGUGGUGGCAGCGUCCCUGCAUCGAAAUACAGCUCAGUGAAAUAUUACAUCCCACCCGAGACUUACGUUACACCAAGUCAAGAUGGCGAGCACUCUGGUACCGAGCAAGCUGGUGGUACCGAGACUAGACCGAGAACUGGAGUGUCUUCUACGCAAUAUAUUCCAAAGGCGGGGGACCACUUGAACUUUCAAAUACCGAGAAAGAACAAAGAAAAGAGAGCCUUGUUCCAGUAUGUGUCGUCAGAGUCCCGGGAGUUUGAAGACAUCUUGACCAUCCUGUCAUCCAACUACAGAGAAGCCAGCUCCAACGGGAUGUUCAUGUACACCAAGCCAAGACUGGUCCACAGUGAGCUGCUGGAGAAGGACUUUGUAGAGAAAAGGAGAGAGCUGAAGCAGGAUGGGAGGACGGAGAAGGAACUGGAGGAGACUCAUUGUUUCCUGAUGGCUGACACCACCAAGCUGCCAUGGAUCUGUGAGAAGGGCCUGCUUGUGGGGCACAGCUGGAUCACAGCUCUGGGGAACCCCUCCAAGGGUGUUUAUCUGUCUAAAAACUCAGACCUACUGCAGAUCAAUCCUUUUAACCCUGGAGUCAUGGGAGAGAUCAUCAUAUUCAAGGUCAUCAAGGGUAAAGUGAAGAGCAUCUAUGAGAACAUGUCAAAGAACCUUCUGGACCCCACGCCCAAGUUUGACAGCCAUUUCUCCAAGAACGCCAGCAAAGUGACAUCUCUCACCUCCUAUAGAGCAUACGAGCUUACUCAGCAAUACUUCUAUGAGUAUGACUUUGAUGAGCUGAAGGCUCGGCCGAGACACGUGUGUCCCUAUGCAGUGGUCUCUUUCCAGUUCAAAGGCAAAGAUGCUCCUCUUCAAGCCAAGCCCAUAGCUCCCCUGAGGUCAAACAGCCAAACGUCUGAAGGAAGUACAGGCAGGAGUAAAUACACAGUGUGGAGUGGAGAGCUGGUGAAUGAGGGUAGAGCAGUGUCCCAGGUCUCUUUCUGCUCCUUCUCACCCCCCUUCCUGCCUUUCAAACUGCCUGAGAAGCUGGAGUUGGGUCUGGUGAUGUGUAUAGACCAGGUGAAUCAGAUGAUCCCCUCAGCUUUGUUCUCCUGGAACCUGUACGCAGGCAGCCACGAAGUGUUGAAGAAUGGAACCUACUGCAGUCUGCUGGAGGUAGUGGACAAGAGCAAGUCAGGUGACUGUCUGGCAGCACUGCUACAAGGCCUGGAGACACAGAGACUGGUGCUUGUCCACGCGUUGGCUGACAAAGGAUUCCUCUUCCUCCUGUCUUCAGUUCAGAUGGCUGCUCCAACUGAAAGAAGAGAUGGGUGGAAAAGAGGCCUUCAAGCACUCUUUGUUUUUCAAGAGUCGAGGGAUGUGACAAAAUACAGUACAAAUUGUCCAGCUACCCAGGAGCCUUUGCAGUCGUCAUUUUCCCAUGACACUGUGAUGCCCCAGCUUAAAAGCUUUGUCCCGGCUCUGCAUCAUGCCCUAGUCAAGGUGCGCUGCAACCCGCCUGCUGACCUCUCGGCCGGGGUCGAGCACCAGGCCAGGGACUACCUAAGUGGACUUCACGAUGGAAAGCUCCGCCACGUUCCCAUGACUGAGUACGACACCAAGCUGGAUGACCGAGGGAAGCUGUUCCCGGCUCCAAAACACCACAAGCUCAACAUGGAGGGCUACCUGCGCUCCUACGUCUACAGCCCUAACCUCUACACCAUGCCUGUGGUCCGGGCCAAGGAGAUGAUGGAGAGUUACUGUGUUGUGCCUGAUAACAUCAGCCCUGUGACUGAUUGUGAGGGUGGUAGUAGGGCCAGCGGGGACAAGCCAGUGGUAGGGUCAAAGGUCAAGCCUAAUGGUCCCACUGCUGCCCAGCCUCCGGCGGUCCAGGUUAACCUCUCUCCGUUUCAGUCUCGCACUGACUCCAACCCUCAGAAGGUGAAGGAGCUGAUCAACUUGAUACUGAAGUGUCGGAAGAAUGCAGAGGGGGAUGUGAGGAAGAGGGGAGAGGCGCAGGGAGGAGCGAAGGAGGGGGCAGGCCUGUUGGACCCCCGAGGGCUGAAGAGAAAGCUGGAGAGGGAGACUGCAGAGAGGACUCUGAAGUACCUGAAAAAAGCCUCACAGGAGAGGGGCGGAGUGGACAGCAGACCAGCUGAAGGGGGCCAGAACCCGUCCUGUCUGUCCUCUCUGAUGCUCCACAGUGUGGGUCUGAAAGACGUGGACCUGAGGAGAGAUGGAUCAGAGGCUGCAGUCAAGUUACUGAAAAUGUUAACCAGCCUGAAGAAUGCUGCAGGGCAACAGCCACAGAGUUCUGAGGGCAGAGGAGGAGGGUCAAGAGAGGGGGCGGAGCAAACUGAAGCUCUGCUGUUUGAUAGGAUGAUCAAGCUGGGUCUGCCGCCCAAUCAGGACAUUGACCUGAGGAAACGACCUUCUGGGGGCCUACAGGACAAGGCUGACUACUUGGAGGAGCAGGCAGCAGGCAGUAUGAGCAGUCUGGAAGGCUUCAGCCCCAGUUCCAAUGGUGAAACGCCCAGGAGAUCGCACUCGCAAUGUCAGGGGGAGGAGCAGAUUCCAUGGGUCCUCAUCCCCAUUACAGGGCUGAAGUGGAAGAAGUACUGCCAGAGAGCGAAGGACAACCCUCAGGACCCGCGCUUCGUACCCCAGAUCCCCAUGGCAACCAGCAGCUACCCCCGCUGUGUUCCGGAGCGAAGGGAAAGAAACGUCACCCCUACCCUAGAGGAGCCCCCAGAGCCUAGCCCCAGUCCUCCCCUAGAGGAGCACCCAGAGCCUAGCCCCAGUCCUCCCCUAGAGGAGCCCCCAGAGGCCAGUCCCUGUCCCAGUCCCUGUCCCAGUCCCUGUCCCAGUCCCUGUCCCAGUCCCUGUCCCAGUCCCUACCCCAGUCCCUACCCCAGUCCCUGCUCCAGUCCCUACCCCAGUCCCAUAGAGGAUGAUGAGCAAUUAGCUGAAACCCCCUGUGACCCUACAGAAAUAACCAACAAUGAAAAGACAACCACAGACGAGACAAACCAGAGCCUCCUUCUGGUCCCUGUUACUCCAGAGAGCACCAGCCUCCCAGAGAAAAGCAGCAGCCCCUCCCCUGAGCCAGGGCAAGCUGAAGAACCAACCCAUACUAACCCCAUAGAGGCUGGUCAGGAACAAGCUGAAGAACCAAUCCAUACUAGCCCCAUAGAGGCUGGUCAGGAACAAGCUGAAGAACCAAUCCAUACUAGCCCCAUAGAGGCUGGUCAGGAACAAGCUGAAGAACCAAUCCAUACUAGCCCCAUAGAGGCUGGUCAGGAACAAGCUGAAGGCAGUACAGGAAAAUAUAUGCCAACUGUUGUGGCAGCUGAAGACCCAAACACAAUAGAGGUUGAACAGGAGGAGGAGGUUAAAGAGGUAGAGGAACAGGUGAUGGAGGGAGAUAAGGAGGAGGAAGACCUGAUGGAAGUGCUAGAUGGGGUGGAAGAGCAGCUGGAGGAAGGGGAAUUAGUGGAGGAAGAGAACGAACAUGUGGAGACAGGGUUGAAACAGACAAGGCAGGUGUCACCCAGACCACCCUCCUCCAUUCCUCCCAUCCAGAAUCCUCCUCCCAUUCAAAAUCCUCCUGUCCAGAGACCUGUUCUGACCAGAGUGGAAAGUAUCCUGGACCAGCAGUUCAGUGACUUCUCCACAGAGAUGCAGAUCCUCCUGCUCAGAGAGAGCGUCCACUACAGCUCAUCGCUCCUCCAUACCCAGAAUGCUUCACAGCAGCUCCCGGUGCAUCCACUCCUGCACUUCUCGGAGUACGUCUCCUUCUACAACUCGUCCCCUCCAAUGCAGGCCUACGUCACCUCGCUCCGAGACCGCAUGGGCACCAUCAUAAACAUACAGGACCAAUGGAUUCCCGGCACGUUAGCCACCCAACCUGCCCUGGUCUCAUCUAUCACUAACCGCCACCAUGCUAACCACUCUCCUCCAACCACUACAUACUGGAACCAUUCUUUCUGUGGCCCUGUGUCUCAGUCUGUCCCCAGCCACCGCCUCUCUCCUGCCCCUACUCCUGGCCUUGCUGUGUCACAGUCUGUCCCCAGCCAGCGCCUCUCUCCUGGUCCUACUCCUGGCCUUGCUGUGUCACAGUCUGUCCUCAGCCACCGCCUCUCUCCUGCCCCUACUCCUGGCCUUGCUGUGUCUCAGUCUGUCCUCAGCCAGCGCCUCUCUCCUGCCCCUACUCCUGGCCUUGCUGUGUCACAGUCUGUCCCCAGCCACCGCCUCUCUCCUGGUCCUGGUCUUAGCCUUGCUGUGUCUCAGUCUGUCCCAAGUCGUCACUCUCCUGGCCUGUUUGGUCCUGAUAGCUCAAACUCUUACAGUUCUCUACCCGUGUCUCAUUUUAAUAAUAAUAAUAGCACAAUGAUUCCCUCUUCAUCGUUUCCCGGCACGGCCUAUUCUCCUACUCUCUACCACAACCCACCACAGACACAGAUGGGACUACCGCAACUCAGCUCCAGCCUGGACCCCCUGUCCCUCCAACCACUGGACAGUCAAUGGACAACUUCAACACAGAACCCUGACUCAGGUGGGAGACUGGGAACCUGCAAGCCAAGUGAUGUGUCAAAAGAAAAUAAUUGGACAACAACAACACAGAACACUGACUUUGAUGUCCGAGGGCUACGAGCAAAGUUCACGCCACAAACAAGUGCAAUGUUUGAAGCAAAAGACGAUGUCGUAAUGUUGGAUCAGCCGAUUUCAGAAGCCACCGUGGCGGCUCCACCUCCUCCUCGCACUCAGAUGAUUGACAGUUUGUCAGGGGUGGGCGGGCCAGUGGUAGAGCCUGUCCCAGGGCCAGGUCCCGCCUCCCCUUCAGCCAUCAGUAGUCUGAUCAGCCAGCUGAAGCCUGAGUUGUUCAGUAACCUGGUGGAGAUUAUAAAGGAUGUCCAGAAGAACUCUGUCCAGUUCUACAUCCACACACAGGAGAGGGAGAGGGAGGUCUCCCACCACAUCAAGGAGUACCUCCAGAGGUUGGGUAAUGUGGAACGCAGUCCUGUGAGUUUCCUGGAGAGAGAGAACCGGAUGGACAAACUAAUGGUUCUCAUCCAGAACAAGGACAUUGCAGCGCACAUUCACAAGAUCCCGGCGCUGGUGCGGUUGAAGAGGCAGCCGUCGGUGAUCUUCGCUGGAGUAGACAGUCUGGACGAUGUGAAGAACCACACCUACAACGAGCUGUUUGUCUCUGGGGGAUUUGUCGUCUCAGACGAGUUUGUCCUAAACCCUGACUACAUCACUCACGAGCGUCUGCGGGUGAUUCUGAUGUUCCUGGACCAACAGAACUCAGCAGAGAGCGUGUGGAGGUGGAGGGUCCACUGGAAGACCCAGAAGAAACUCAAGGAACAGUCCAGGUUUAAAAGUGAAGCCAGGAAGAUCUUGAACCUGUUGACCACGUACCAGAAGAAAAACAUUGUGGAGUUCCUGCCAUACCAUGAGUGUGACGCUCCAUCUCGCCCCGCCCCCGACCUGGACUGUCUCCUCAAGCUGCAGGCACAGCACAUUCAGCAACGACACAUCAUCUUCCUCACAGAGAGCCACUUCGAGAUGUUCCCCCACUACUCCAGUACUGGCAUCGUCAUCGCCAACAUCAACGACAUCAUGCACAACUUCGGUGGCCUAGUUGGUUUCCAUGACAUCAGAGACAAGCGGUCUACCUCAGUAGACCUCAUAGCUGCAGCUACUACAGUCCGAGAGGAAAAGUAUGUGCUGGAGGAACCGAUCCUUCUGGACUCCCCCUCCUCCCCAGAUCGCCUGGUGGACCGCCUGUCCACUCCGCUAAACGAGGACGACUUCCGUCCAUCCCUCCCCGACCAGCUUGUUCCUGACGCGGGGACACCCAUGGAGCUCAACUUCCAGGCCCUGAAGGAGGCCAUCUCUCAGUUCAAGGCUGAUAAGGCUGCUCGCUCACAGAUGGCACCUCAAGAGGUGGAUGGGGAGAGACCAGAGUCCCCACCAGGACCAAGGAUUCCUGGCCUGGGUACAGACUCACCAGGGUGUCUAGGGGACUCUGGAGUUGGUUUCCUCACUCCUGGUUUCACCCCUUCCCCUGUCUCUCUCCUUGGUCCUGUCCCUCUCCACUCCAGCCAGUCCCCUGCUGGGAUCCAGAAGGAAGUGGGACUGACCCCCACAUGGCAGGCUAAAGAAGCUACCCUCUCCUCACUCCACUCUAAGCUCGGUCUGAGUGUAACUCCUGGUGCCGAGGUGACCAGUGACAUGUCUUUGUGUGGCUCCCAGGGCAGACUGAACACUUUCAGCAGCCACCGGGAUCCUUUAGCUGGCAUUGUCACUGAGGGUCAUGGGGAGUCGGGGGCCACACCCAGCAACACUAACGACCCCCCAGGCCCUGAGCCUCCAAGGUCCCAGGGGGAGAACACUAAACCCAGCCCAGUAGAAGGCAGCCUCCAGGGGGGAGGAGGAAUGACUGACAAAGCCCCUAGCAGCCCCCUCCCUGGUCCUCCAGGUCCCAGGGCAGCAGCCCCCCGGCCAGUUGGUGGUGGGGAUUACAUAGCGGCAGCGACAGACAGACUGGCACAGGCAGCGAGACAGCAGCAGAGAAACGGCUUGUUACCCAUGCCUAAUACACUGUUCCUUAACAGUAACCUCAAUCUGCACAACCAUGGCAUGAGCAUAUUCCAAAGGCCCAUGUUGAAUAGGCUGGAAGGACCUGCAGGACGGGGGGGUAUUAGACCAUUGAUGCCUAAUGCCAUUGGCUGGGCUAGGAUGGGCCAGGCAGGGGGGUCAGAGUCCUGUCUAUGGGGCCUUCAGCAGCAGAACAUCGGGCUGGGGCGCCACACCUUCCCUUCACGACUGAUGGGUAACCCUCAUCACCCCUGGGGUAGUAACCAGACUGCUAACCAGGGGCGUGGGAAUGGUCCUUGGAAGCGGUGACGAAUGAACAAACAAGAGUUGUGUUCAGUAGGUAUCAACCUGAAAACACUGAGGAUUUACCGGGAUGUUCAUUUUUGUUUUCUGUUGUGCCCAGAUGGAUAGUGAGCAACUAGCACGACUACCUACUUGACCGAGUCAAAUCUCUUCUAAACAUUACAUUUCUUACUGAACCCUCCUGUUCCAAACAGGCCCCACUAGUGAAUCUUCAUUUAUGAUCCUAAAGAAGUGCUUUACUUGACAGGAAAUAACUUUUUUCCCCUUCCAGAUGGUAAAGCCAGCUGUGGCCUGGCUGGUGCUGCCUGCUGAUGAUACUACUCACUAACCUGUCAGAUCUUGUCAAACCAAACAAUUAUAUUUGUAUUUUCUAGGAAAACUUUUUGUUAUCUUGUUUGUUUAGGGGCUGUAUUCAAUCAGAUCCCCUUUAGCCGACAUCUGCGUAGCGGUUGUUUCUGCGGUGGAACAGCAGAGCUGUCAAAUCCACUAGCAGCUCCUGGCAUUAUACCCAGUGGACAUUGCCAUUGUCUGAACGGUGUUGCAUUAAGAGAAAUCCCAUUAUAAGUUUGAACAGUGGAAUGUGAGAUGUAGUCUACACCUCCAUUAGGAGAUAGAAACCCUCAAUAUUAAGUUUCAGGAUUGUUCAAUUAGAGCGUGAUUAUUUCUAUAUAGCCUACACUUCCUCAUUCUGAACGUCUAAUGGGAGAGAGCCAGGUGUGGCUGAGUGACAAUUAUCACAAGAGCAGCUGCUCACUGAUUUGAUGCCUCAGUUUGACCUUCAACACCACUAAACUACACUUGAUCUGAUUGAAUCUAGGCCUAAGUUAAUAUCCUUGUACCUUUUUUGGUUUUGUAAAGAAGUAUACUGUAGCCAUGUGGCCUUGUACAGACAACCAGUGGUUUUUAUCUUAAUGUUAUUUUUUACAACUUUGUUUGUAUUAAAACAUGCUUGUCAAAAUUA